AUGGCCACUUCUCACCAAGAAGGGCAGAUGCAGCUGCCCCUAGCUGACGCCAUUCGUUCAUGUCUCACCGAUACUUUCUCAUAGCAUUUGCAAGGCUUGAGCCAAGCUGUGCCGUGGCACACUAUCAGGGAGUUACUUGAUCCUUCCCGCCAGAAGAAAUUAAUGUUGGGAGAUCAACACCAGCUAGUGUGCUUCUCUAUAAAGCCUCAACGUGUAGGACAGAUUUCACAUGCCCAGAGGCUGUUGAGCAGGCUUCAUGUGCGCUGCAGUCAGAGGUCACCUCUUUCUUUGUGGAUCGGAUGGGUGCUCGAGUGUCCUCUCUUCACAAACUUCGUCAUCUUCCUCAUCUUUUUGAAUACGAUCGUAUUGAUAGUUGAAAUAGAAUUGCUGGAAUCCACAAAUACCUAACUGUGGCCAUUGAAGCUGACCUUGGAGGUGUCAACUUGGUUUAUCUUGUUUAUUUUCAUCCUGGUGAUCCUUCUUAUGUGGCUCUCCAGCUUUUCCCUUUUCUGGAAGUGGAAUGUCUUUAACUUUGUUGUUACCAUGUUGUGCAGGCACUGA